AAUAGACCGGGUUUGGGUCCGGCCCAAGGCAUACACAACCAAAACGCCCUCGGCGCACGUUAGCGGUCAUCCCCGUUGUUUCUGGGUCCUUCCAUCGUUCCUCGACGCCCUUUAUCUUUCUCGCCUUCGCUUGGAGUCACACAAUCAACAAUCCCCUCAACGCAUCCCUCUGGCCGCGCGGCUUCUUCCUGUCUGUGUUCGUACCUGCGGAUUUGCCAGAUCUCCUCGAAACUGUGAUCGAUUUCGGCGUUUUUGAUCGAUUAAACCGGUUUCUCGACAUGUUUUAUAUCGAUUGAGGUAUUUACACUCCGAUUUCAUUCUAAAUUUAUUAUUUUUCACGAUUUCCGUGUCUGCUUGUUUGAUUUUACAGCCAAUGUUCCUUUUAUCAUCAUCCGGUUCUCCAAUCUGAUAUUUUUUCACGGUACCAGGUUUUCAGCAAUCUGUAGUCAUAUUGUUGCAUCUGAAGAAAAAUGGCGAGAUAUGCAAGUGAAGAACACGAGGGAUUGGACUAUCUGGAACUGCGGAAAAGGCUAAAAGAAGAAAUUAGAAAUAACAUGAAGAAGGAGUCGGGAACUGCUACUGGCUCACGCAAUAUCAAGAGUUCUUCAUCCAAGGAUAAUUUCGGUUCUUUCUUUGGUCCAUCACAGCCAGUUAUAGCUCAAAGAGUAAUUCAAGAAAGCAAGGCCUUAUUAGAAAACCCUGAUUUGGCAGCUAAGGUCCUGAGGACCAGUAAUCCUAAUGGCAAGGUUCAGGGUUCGAACUCUGUUAGACCGAAGGCCAAUACCAGUGGCAGUGCACCAAUUGUUUCUGAUGUGGCAAAAGUGAAAAUCCAGGAGGUAAGGAACGCAAGGGAUUACUCAUUUUUAUUAUCUGAUGAUGCUAUCCCGCCUCCUGCUCCUCAAAAACCUUCUUUUCCCAAAAAGAUCUCUGCUCCUAGUCCUGAAUCACGCUCAGCACAACCUUUACCAAGGGAUAGGAAUCUCUCUAGCAGCAGCGUUGGGAGAAAACCUCCCAAUGGCCUUGAAGUGAGGAGGCCUCCAGUUCCAGGUGGCACACAAUUGAAACCUGAAGCUGGUUUACAUAAACCGGUCAGUGUCAGCAAACAGAAUCUUCCAGCAAGACAACCUAUUAAAAGCAAUGUCAAUGGUCGUGCUCAGCUGGUACAGAAAAACCUUCCUUCAAAGGCUUCAACGUCAGAUGUUAAGAGACCAUCGCCUAUCUUGCCCAGAUCAAAUCCUUUGAAACAGCAACAUACUGCCAAUUCAAAGCAAGCUUUGAUGCAGAAAAAGUCAUCUCAAGAAUCCAGCAAGUCUAAGAUGAUUCAGAAACCAUCAACUGGGGCAUCCUCAAGAUUCCCCCCUGUGGCAAUGCAGAAACACGCAGUGCCCUCCUCUAGACCUCAUGUGGUGAUGCAGAAGCGAGUGGUUCCGUCCUCUAAAUCUCAGAUGAAUCAGCCUGUUAUUAGAAAUCCAGACCGUCUCCCAACAAAAAGACCCGUAAGAGCUGAUGAUGAAUAUGAUGAUGGGUAUAGUAAAAACCGGGAGCGUCGCCCAGCAAAAAGACCCGUGAGAUGUGAUGAUGAAGAUGAUGAUGCUACCAACGCGAUUAUGCAGAUUAGGAACUUAUUUGGGUAUAAUCCCAACAAGUAUGUUGAUGAUGAUGAUGAUCGUAAUAUGUUGGCAACUUUUGAAGACAUAGAGGAGGAGGAAUGGCACAGUGCCAAGAUUGCCAGGCAGGAGGACGAGGAAGAACGCAUCAAGAUAGAAGAAGAGGAAAGAAGGGAACGGCUGAGAAAGGCCAAAAAACGCAAGAUCAUGGAACGGUAGUGAAGAGACACAAUCUUGCACGGGGCAGCUUCUUUACUCGAAAGAACUGUGCAUUGUAUCUCAGAUGUGCGCAGUUGUGCAGAGCAGGGGUUAGAAAUAGGGAGGAAAUGCUGCUGUUGUACAAUGCUUAAUGAAACACAUGAAGGCAGCAGAUUCUCCACAUAGGCUGUUGUGUACUUCCUUUAUUUAGUCAGGGGAAAUUCAAUUUAUUUUAUUUUGACGGCUUGCAAGUUGCAAGAUCCAUAAUACCGUCCCUUUCCCUCACUUUCCCUCAGGCUCGAAGGACUCUUGGCAACAUUUGUCUUUUUUCUUUGUAACAUGUUCCAAAACUUCUGUAUAGUAUUUGUGCCAGAAGAGAAAUUAAUUUCACUAUCAAUUAUGGUCCUAAUACAAUUAGGGAAAAAUAAAAAAUCUGUGCCAGAAGAGAAAUUAAUAAAUGCC